UUUAGGAUGAGCACUUAUUUGAAAUUGUGCGUUACCGCUCCGUUGUUACCCUAAUCUCGAACAUUUGUUGCUACAAAUUGUUAUGAACUGCUUACACUAGUUAAUUUCAGAUUUUCACUUGCUUUCCUUUCAAGCUUUCCUUACACACUUCUACAAACGCUGUCUCAGUACCCAAACUUCCUUCAGAUCAGGUAAAAAAAAAUCUACAGCCUUUCGAAACAUAUGAGCAGGAAUACCAAUAGGCUUAGUUGUCUGUCUUGUUAUAAACGCCGCCGUAAAUGUACAAAAAGUAGUGGCUCAGACUAUGCUAACUGUGUAAACAAGCAAACCCUAAACGAUACUAGACAGACUGACCAAGAUGGAAGUGCUAAGGAGACUUUAUCUCUAUCAACUAUUAGUCACACUCCGGGUGCUGGGGACGGGGGUUCAGCUAGUUUAGGCGACUGGUCUACGGUUCACCAACUUGAUGGAAUUGAUGCUUCAAAAGUGAAUUUAUUAUGUGAGGGCAGCAGCAACAACACGUCAUCCGUAUUAGGCGUUCUCAACAGAGUAGAGUUCUGUGAUCGUUUAGAAAGCAUAGUUCUUCGGCUUGAAAGGAUAGCACAAACAAUAACACCAGAAAAAACUCCUGGACUGGUUGCUUUUGAACUGAUUAUUGCUAAUAGCCUUAAAAAUUAUGUCGCAUGUAGUAAAAAGUUGGGAGGAAACAUACAAUCUCAGUCAUUAUGUGUCCAAAACGCUUUCGGCUUCGUCAGGGAUCUCAUUGAACUAUCCAACAUUUAUAGCAAACCAACUGAAGUGGAUAUGGAUGUUCACUUAAAGCCUCUUCAUUUUAAGAUGAUUGAAAUAGCAAACUUCAGGGUUGGAGCUAUGUCCGUACGGAAGUGUCAGCUAUCAACCAUUGCAGAUUCUGUCCUUAUACUGAAUUGGGUUGGGUCUUCUUCAGCAUCGCAGUACGUUAAAGAAUUGAAGGACUCAACAUGGUUGAACGCUAACAAAGUCUUUCAGUAUUGCCGUGAGAGCCUUCCUGAACAUGUUGAGUGGUUACGCUCAUGGCUUUCUUGUCUGGAUGAAUUGUGCGUAGUUGUUGGAGAGCAUUUUCCAUACGGUCUAAAAUGGAAUAAAAAUGGUCCCAAACUACCCUUACCAACUGUUGAAAUACGCCCAAUUCAGUCUUUGCAAGAGGGUCGUACCAAUACACAUGAAAGAACUUCAAAAAAGGCUUUUCAUCCCAAAUUAUCAGUACAAUCACAACCGGAUCCAGUUGAUGUCACUAAGUUGUUUGCUGAAUUAGCAAAUGCUCAUAAGAAUUUACGCCAUAUCAGUGUAUCUGAUAUACUCUGAUAAUGAGGAUUCUAGUAAAUAUACCUUAAAAAUGUAUAAAAGUCAGUUGGUCCAAGUGUGAUAGUUACAGUCACACAUCAUUUGACUUCGCAACCUACAAACUGUGCCUUAUUUCAGGGGGAAAAAGUUUCGUCUUAUGACUGAUCUUCUGUUGUGUUUUCAUAUUUACUCGAAAAUAACCAUACAUUUCACUUCAUUAUAUCAUGCAUUUACACUAUUGCUUGUUUAUCCUUUUAAUUAUAUACGGAUACUUUUUGUUCUGCUUUUUUUGCUUUCUUUCAAUUUAUCAUUAAAAUAGAAGAAAAAGGAAAGCAAGAGUUUUAAAUUAUUCCACUUUUAUUGAUUUCAAGUAAUGUAUAAUUAGUUUGUUUUUGUGUUUCGAAAACAUUCACAAAAUUAUUAACAACUAAUAUAUAUCUUGUGUGGUGGAUGUGCAUGCAUUCUGCAUGUUUUCUCAUUUCGUCUUACAGAUGAAUUUCUAAAUACCUGUCUACGCAUCACUCUUUGUGCUAGUAGAUAUAGAUAGACACACAAAAAAUGGGUUGUACACGUCAGUAUGUCAAGAAAAAUAGGAAUGGUUAAAUACAACAAUGUGGUUUUC